ACAGAGACCUCUGAUUGGCUGAGAGUAAAAUGGGAGGGACGCAUUACUCGAGCUGAUGCUCUGAAGAAACUUUUGUGUCCCGUAAGUCUAACUGUCUCACUCUCCAGCACAAAAACACCGUCCAGUGGACAGCACAAUCUAUCAGCUGUAGGAAAGACCUGAAACACCAUCAACAUGUCGAGCAAGCGAGCGAAGGGGAAAACCACUAAGAAGAGGCCACAGAGAGCCACUUCAAAUGUGUUUGCCAUGUUUGACCAGUCACAGAUCCAAGAGUUCAAAGAGGCCUUCAACAUGAUUGACCAGAACCGAGACGGAUUCAUCGAUAAAGAGGAUCUGCAUGACAUGCUGGCCUCUUUGGGUAAGAACCCGUCUGAUGAUUACCUGGAGGGAAUGAUGAGUGAAGCACCAGGUCCCAUCAACUUCACCAUGUUCCUCACCAUGUUUGGAGAACGGCUCAAUGGAACCGACCCGGAGGACGUGAUAAGGAACGCUUUCGCCUGCUUUGAUGAGGAAGGAUCUGGUUUCAUUCACGAAGACCACCUGCGAGAGCUGCUGACCACUAUGGGAGAUCGUUUCACAGAUGAAGAGGUGGACGAGCUUUUCAGAGAGGCUCCCAUUGACAAAAAGGGAAACUUUAACUAUGGCGAGUUCACCCGGAUUCUCAAACAUGGAGCCAAGGACAAAGACGACAUGUAGACGAUCAGAGCACGUCAGCCACAGCUGGACAGCACAUUACAAACACAUACAUGAGGAACAUCCACUGGUGAAAAACAUGCAACAAAUAUUUGGUGAUCUAUAAAAUAAGUAAUUCUAUCUCUAAACGUAUUCAGUACGAUCAGAUUACAUUGCAAACCAUCUACAAUGCAUAUUUUGUGUUUUUAUAGGGGACUUAUGAAAUAUCUACAGUAUGUUUGAGUAGGUUGAAGCAGCUGUGGCUCGAUCUGUGCAACUCUAUUACAUGGGAGAUGCCAUAAACUUGUUUAGAUGUAGUGCAAAGGAUUCUCAGCAUCUCCUUUUCAUUGAUCGAUAUCAGAGACAUGAUGUGUAUUAAGGCAAGACACUACCAGAAAAAUGGGGUCCAUCUCAAUUAGCUCCCUAGUUCAGUAGUAAGAGCACUGAUCAGGGAGUCAGCAAUUUUAAUUGCUGUCUCAAUCGCAAAAUCUUUCCAGUGCACUGAAAUGUUCAUUCCCUAAAAGUCCCACAAUGCACAGUGAAAACCUGGGAGCAUUGAUGCUCUCCAUGUUCCCUUAACGGAAGGGAUCAUUAUGGUCAUUAUCAGUGCACACGACCUAGGGAGCUGACUGAGACGCACCCAUUGUCUUUUUAGCCACUGGUCAAUUUUGAUGAUCUGUUUUGCUUCCAUAACAUAUUUUUGACUAGUUGAAAGGGAACAUCCAAAAUACAUAUUUAAGUAUAUUACAUUUUUACUGAGAGGCUUGUUCAUAUAUCAUUUGCUGAUUUAAAUUACAUUUUAUUCCUAAAAAACAUGGUGACAGUUUAUUUUAUUUUCUGGAUUAUGACACUAUUUUUGGAUUAAUGGAGUAAUAAAAGAGAAAGCCAAAAUCCCCUCUUACUCUAAUAUGUCAACAAAAUCAAGAAUUUUGAACCUGGCUUUAUACAGUGUUCUGUUCUGGAAAUGUAUAAAAAUGAGCAAAUAUUUAAUUAGAUCAUGCAUAUUUAAACAUAACAUUUUAAUACAAAACUUAAGUUUAUUGUGAUUACUCAACUGGGGAAAGUAUGGCAAUAUAUAUUAGAUAACAUUUUUACCCUAUAUUCACAUGUAGUGCCUUAUACAUUUUGAAGUCAGAUAGAUAUUCAGAUGUUUAUCAUUUUGUAUAUGAAAUAUCUGUCAUCUCCUUUCAAAGCUGUACAUUCUCCAGAAAAAAAAAAAAUUGUUCCUCAGACUUUGGGAUGUGUAGAAUUUUCAGUGGUACUGCAACUUCUAUUUCCCCAUCAAACCUGUGAAUAUCUGGCUUAUAAAAUGUGUGAUUACAUGUGGCAGCUCUCAGACAUGAAGUCAUCCAUCAUACAAACAUGAUGUAUUUUAUACUGAAAUAAAGAUGGUCUCAUACUACA